ACUCGGACGGUUCCUCUGCUUCUCCUUCACCUGCUCCGCUCCGGUGACGUCAUGCCGUGGGUGGCGUCCUCUCAGGAGGAGAUCCUGUCCUCGUCGCCGUCGCAGCGGCAGUGCGAGCGCACCGCCUUCGCCUUCUACUGCGCGGUGCGAGAGCAGCUUCCGGUGUGGCUCCUGGAGGACAUGCGCACCAUGGAGGUGUUCUGCUGGGAAGACGGACACCCGCGCGCCUUCUCGCACUCCGAGGCCCUUCUGUACGCGCUCGUGCACGACCACCAGGACUACGCGCGCUACCUGCUCCACACGCACGCGGCGAGCGCGCUCAGGGCCCCGCGCUGCAGCUUCUGCUGCUGCCGCAGCAGCGGCGCGCCGCACCUCAACGUGGCGGUGCGCUACGACCGCGUGCGCAUCCUCGGGAUGAUCGUGGAGGCGCUGCAAGGCGGCGCGGCGGAGCGCGUGACGCGCGACUACAUCAACAGCUGCGGCGGCUGCGCGCACGUGGCGGACUCUGGGAAGGCGGCGGCGGAGCUGGCGGUGGAGCUCUCGCGGCCCGACUGCCUGCUGCUGCUGCUCGCGCACGGAGCGCAGCCGCACGGCGUUGACGCGGCGCUGCAGCGCGUGGAGGCGGCGCGCGCGCCGGAGGAGCGGCAGGACGCGCUGCGCUGCCUGGACUUCUUGCUCCUCUUCCUGCCCAAGCCUGAGGCGCUGCGCUUGCUCAGCAGCGACAGCGGCCGCUGGCAGGAGCUGCUGGGAACCGAGGUCUUUAACUGGCUGUGCGGCCUGGCCCCGCCAUCCCUUCUUCUGCAGUCGCUCAGAAGCUUGGCUCAGGAGGUCCCCAGUCAGCUCAGCCACCUGCCCAACUUCCUCCAGCUGCAAAGCUGGCAGAAGCCGCUGUCCCCGUGGAGACACACGUGAUGGCCGCUGCCCGUUCCUGGCCUCCAGCCUGGUUCCUGCGGUGAAUGUAAAUAUGACCGUGCUCAAGACUGGACUGAUGACUGAAGGUUUGAAUGUAAACUGGAAUCGGCUCCUUGUACAUAUUGUAAGUUAAUGUGAGUUGACACUGGAUUCACCUCUGAAUAAAGA